AUGGAUUAUUUCAGUGAUGAUUUACCAUUUGCAGAUGCCAAAAAUGAAAAAGUAAAAAAAAAAAAAAAAAAAAAAAAAGAUUUAACUUAUACCAACGGUAGUCAAAAUAGAAAAAGUAAUAUUUUCCAAAAUGUGGAUGAACAAGAAUACCUUAAACCAGUGAAAUUUGUCAGUGCGGGUUUUUUGAAAGAUAAAAGUAAAAUAACUGAAAAGGAGGAAGAUAAUUUAAAUUCCUACUCCUCUGAUAAUGAUUCAGACUAUUAUGAACAAUAUGAUGUUUUUAAAUAUUUCAUUUUUGAUUUUAAUUUUCAUGUAAAUAAUGAAGAAAGUGAUUUUAUAAAAAAUAAUUUAAAAAAGUAUAAUUUAAUCGAAUUAAAAGAAAAGGACAAGAAUUUUGAAAAAUAUGGUUUAGGAUUUAAAAUUUUAAGAAAAAUGGGUUAUGAAGAUGGAAUUGGAAAAAAUAUGAAAACAAACAUUGCACCUAUAGAAGUUCAAAAAAAAAACAUAAAAGUUUUAGAAGAAAAAACAGAUGGAUAUUCCUGCGAUGAUUACGAUAUCAAUGUGCAUAAAUAUUCUCACGAAAGUAAUGAUUUUAUAGAUAAUACCGAUGUAAAUAUUAAUAACUUGUGGAAAAAAAAGUCUAAUUGGAAAAAAUACUGGAACAUUAAUAAAAUAAUGAAUGAGAUUGAUGCACACUUAAAAUAUAGUUCCUUCUUAAAUCUAGGUGAAAAUUGUGAUGAUAAUAAUUAUCAAAAUAAUUGUACUUAUAUUCAUAAAUUACAAAAAGUAAAUAGCAUGCUUAUUGAACACAUCAAUAGCAAUACUACCGAUUACUUUAGUGCUGUAAAAAAACAAAAGGAAACAGAAAAUAAAUUAAAAAAUUAUAAGAAUUAUGUUUUUAAAAACGAUAUUUACAAAAUACAUUUAUUAAUAUUAAAAAAUGUGUUAACCUAUAAAUAUCUGUUAAAUCUGCAUACAAUACUUUCCUAUCCAUUAUCUUUUAAUAAUGAAACAUAUAACGAAUAUCUCUUUGAUGAUAGUAAACAUUUUAAAACAGAAGUACGAGAUAGUGAUGGUGAUGAUGAUGAUGAUGUUGAUAACAAUAUUAAUUCAUUUGAUCCAUAUAUUUAUAUCAAGGACAAUAUGCUUAUAAACAGAAAGAAUGAAAAAUUGAUAAACAUGCAUCAUAAUUGUGCAUAUAACAUAUUUAGUACAGAACAUCAAAGCAAAAAUGAAACAGUAUUUAAUAACAUGAAUAUAGACAACUUUGAAGAAAAUUUAAGUAAUUUAUUAUUUAACAGUUAUAAUAUAUUAUUAAAAAGUAACUAUUUUAAACACAUACCUAAGGAUUCAAAUUCUUCUUCCCACUGUAGUUAUACAUAUAAAUUAAUAAACAAUCUGCAAGAUGUAUACGAUUUAAUAAAUAUUAAAAAUGUUGAAGUUAAACGAGGAAAUAUUCCAUUAUUAUUGAGUGACGUUUACACGUUUCUAUUUUUUAUUUAUGAUAAUUCUGCAUUUUUACAUUUAAAUAGUUAUGUAUCAAACUUUUUUUUAGAAUUCUUGCGAGUUUAUUUUUAUAAUAACCAACAACAAACAGGAAAAGAGCAAACUGACGGUCAUAUGUUAAAUCAUGACAAGAAUUAUGAAAAUACAAAAAGAGGUAAUUACCAAAUUUCAUUAUGUCAGCAGACAGAAAGUAACGAAAUAAAGGUAAAUCCUGAUAAUAAGGAAAUGUAUCAAAAUAUGCUAAAUGAAAAACAUGAACAGAAUGAGCAUUAUGAAAAAAAUGCCCAUAACACUAGUUCCAAUAAUUGCAAAGAUAUAUUUAAUCCAAAUAACAUAAAAUAUUUGAUACAUUUAAAAAAAAUCAUUAUAAUGGGUGCUGAUGAAAAUAAUAAAAUAGAGCAUCAUAAGAUUGAAUGGGAAUUCGACAAUAUAAUAUAUUUUAAUUUAAUUUAUGAUCCCUUUCAUAAACAAAAAUAUGUUGACUUUUUUAAUUAUAUAAAACUUUUUAAGGAUGUUUUGAAUAUUAACUAUUAUAAAAAAAUAAUAAUCCUUUUUAUUACUAAAAGAAUAAUGACAGAUGUUAUAGAUAACCAAAAUUACCAACUCGACGAAAGCACACUACAAGAUAUAGAAAAUAAAUUAUUCAUAUUAUUUGACAUUAAUAAACAAUUUGAUAUUAGUUCAUAUAUUAAAAACUUUUAUACAAAUUUCAUAUUUAUAUUUCUACAAAAAGUUGAUAUAUGUGAAAACCUUAUAAAAUUAAUUAAAUUAGCACUUACUAAUAAUAUAUACAAAAAAGAAAUUUUUCAAAAUAUUGUGAUAAAGAUAAUUUAUGAAUUAAAUAAAUUAAAUUUCACAAAUAACAGUUUUAUGGAGCGUCUUAAUAAAAUUAUUAUAUUGCACAAUUACCUAGACGAUAAUAUUACUUUUUUCAUCUUUAAGGUAUAUUUUUUUUACCGUUUCACGAAACAUGUAUGUAAUUUCUUAAGAGAACUUAAUUUGUUAUUUGGGAGGGAAAAAGAAUUACACAAUAGUACUGAUAAAGUAAAAAAUAUAUUUAUGCAACAACAACAUGUUCCUAUAGAGGAACAAAAAAAAAGAGAAAUAUUAACAAUUAAAAAAAAAGAAAUUUAUGAAACUUUUAAAAAAGUUAAAGACCUUUUUGAAAAUAAUCUAAUGAAAGAUAAUUCCAUAAAAAAUAUUAUGUUUAGUAUAUUAAAUGUAAUAAAAAUUUACACAAUGCAAGAUAACAUUAUAACUUUUCCUGUGGAAAAGGUUUUAGACUUUGACAAAAGUAAAAUUUUUUCGGAUGAUAAAAUUAAUUACUAUUUCUUGUAUAAAGAUAUAAAAAUUCCACUUCCCUUUUAUGCCGUUCCACAAAGAAAUAAAAGCGUAUAUGAAAUAAAUUAUAAAAAUAACAUACAAAAAAAUUAUUUAAAAGAUGAUUCCAAUAAAAAUUAUAAAUUUUCCAAGAGAAAAUACAUGAACAUAAUGUACAAACUAGAGAACGAUGUAAACCAAUAUAAAAAUAGGCACCAAGAUGAUGAAAAUAUUAACGUAAGGAAUUAUAUAGAAAAGUAUUGUUUAGAAAAUGAUAUUCUGUUUUUACAAAAGCAUGAGCGCAAAGUAAAUGGAAAUUCUGUUUAUUCUAUUAAUAAUUUCUCCAUAUAUAUAAACAAUAAUAUUAUAUACAUUUAUGAAGAACAUGAAUGGAAACCAACCUUAUUAAGUGACCUAUUAAACAAAGUUUCAAAUCAUAAUACAUAA